UGAAAUUGUAAAAUCGUACUCUAAAUAUAUCAAUAAAUCCGUCCUUGAAAUGGCAACGAAGUAUAAUUUUAAACCAAAAUCUAGAUUACACCUCUCACUCCGCGGGCAGAUCGGGAGCAUCAAAACAUGAUGGUCACGAUCAAACUGAGCACUACUUCCCGAGUUCUUGCUCAAUCAAAACUGGAAACCGGACUAAACAUGCGAGAGAUUCGUACGAUUCUUCUAUUUGCUUCUCCUUUUUCUUCUCCAACGAUGUGCCCGCUGCCAUCGACGUCGCUUGACUGUUGCAGUCAUACUGCCGUUGCUCCGGAAAAGAAGGAACUAUCUACGAGACGCUCUGAUGACCGAAUGCCGAAUCGCAUGUUUGCAGUUAACUGUUUCAAGAUUACUCAAAUGGAUUUCGUCUCGGCACGAAUUUUCCAAUGUGGCCAUUUUUAGAAAUUUCUUUGUAUUCAAACUUUCUGACGUAAAAUAAUCUUUACGUUUCUCUAUAAUCUCAAUCUCAAUUUUAAUUCUGACACCGUGAGAAUGGCACGCGCCGUGAUAUGUUUAAUCAAGAAGCGGGAUUUCAAAUAUUAGUAACUGAAGAGAUCGACCCGUUGAACCAAACUUCCAUAAACGAGACCAAGAAAAGGACUCGACGUUGCUAUAGUUUAAGUAAAAUUUGGUAAACUAAUGAAUUAAGCCAAUUACGGAAAGUUGUUAAGUACUCGUUGAAAUAAAAUGUAGGGGAAAAUUCUACGAUCUAUUAGAAGUCAGACUUUGGACUGACUAUCGUGUUCAUAUCAUAAUGUCUUACAGCCAGGUGAUGCUUUUCAUCCUGAAUAAAUGAAUUCGUAAGUAGAAUUGAGGAGGUGAGUGUGAAUAAAUGUGAAGGGCGUAAGAUUCAAAAGUGCCACUCUCUGUUCUUGACUGUAUCAGAAGCAGGGGAAAUUCGGGACAUCAUCCUUGAGAUCCGAUUUAAAAAAUGAAGAAAAUAAUGUGGCUGAAGAUGUUCAUACAUCCAGCCGUGCCACAGAUAUUACACAUCAAAGUUUAUUCUUCAAAAAAUUAACAAUCCCUUUCUCAAAUUUGAAGCUUUAACAUCGAUGCAUUUAUAGAAAUGGAGUGCCACACAGCAAAAGGUCUCCAAAUAUUCCAACUCACUUGAAUAUUUCUAGAAUGAUUUACGUAUAACAUCGUCUGUUGAAAUAAAACACGUCCAAGUCAGUGCGACAUGGUGCGACCAAACAGUGAAAUUGAUCUGGAUCAAGCAGCCCAGGCGCCAAUUGGCAAUGAUUGUACAUAAAGAAUAGGGAGACCAACAUACUCGGAUUUCUCGGACUGAAUCGAUUGAAAAGAAUUUUUUCAUACGGCUAGACGCGUUGCCCGGACAUUUUGUGAUACUAAAGUCAAAGUUGCUUCGUGUGCUUCACAUGUAACUUUUUGACUUCUAUUUUAUGCACGCGCGCGCAACAAGUACUGUAAUAAUCUCGAAAUCGGGCAAAUAUUAUUUCUAUUCCGAAGACAACGCUGCUGAUGAAGUGUCCAAUGCACAAUACCAAAAAGAUCUUUUUCAAGUCUGAAAAAUCCAAACGAUCGCUGUCAACGUCAUCUGCCUGUGCUGGAGUUUUCGAAUUCUCCCCCGAGUUGAAGCGAUUCUCCCAAAAUCUGAACAGGCCAGCUGCGGAAGCAUGCCCAAUGACUCGGUUGCUACCCUCAAGAAACACGCUCGAAUUGGCCAUGAGAAUCGCUAAGGGAAAUAUCCUCAAGGGUUCCGGUAUAACGUGGAAGUAUGGUCUGCCCCUAGUAUGUACAUCUCGGAUCUGUCAAAAAGGUAAAAAUACGGGCUACUCUAAGAUUGUUUGAUGGAAAAAGGACGAAACUCUCAUGGCAAUACGAAGAAGCACUCAUAAUAGCCAGAUACAUUGAUGGACUUAACAUUUCAGAAAGAAAAAAUUUUUAGAGAAACCCUGACCUGAGUUCGUGAAGCGUAUGUUCCCAUGCCAUGUUUUCCUGCCCAAGAUUGGAAAGUGUUCUGGUUUUGUAUGUAAUCUUCAUCCGAUACAACCUAAAGAAACAAUGGAUACCACAUGUAGCCAUACUAUACAGAUGUAUGAUACCAUAUAUCACAUGAUACCACAGUAUCCUGAUGGCCGAGUGAAAUUGGUGUGAAGAAAAAUUAUAGCAUAUUUCAUUCUUUCGUGCUGUGAAUAUUUGCGCAAUCUAUUUGCAAGACGAAACAGAUGUUUUAGCAACUGUAAAUUACGAAAGAAAUUUUCUUGCAAACAAUUUCCUUUGUUUUCCUAUUUUUCAGAGAUCGAAAUAUAAU